CGUUGCGAUUCCAAAACCUUUCCACCGGGUAGCCAUUCCCCGACGCCUCGCCUCUGCUCCAGCACGGAGAGGAACCGCCGCCCGCCGCCGUUCCCCCUCCACCACCACCACCCCGCUAAAAUUUUCCGGAUCAGCCUCUGCCUCUGCAACCGCCUACGCAUUCUCCUCCACACCUCCAAUUUCCCACCUCUGCUAAUACUCCAUAACGCUGAUGUCGCGGCUUGGCCUCCUCCGUCGCAGCUUCUCCUCCACCUCCACCUCGCCGCCACCACGUUCCUGGUCUCCCCACGCUGCCUUUGCGGCGGCCACAGAGCGCGUACGCGCCGGGACGGUCUGCCAAGAAGAGGCACACAACCUGUUCGACGCAUUGCUACAGCAGGCCAUCCCGGUCCCCGUGCGCUCCCUCAACGGCUUCCUUGCUGCGCUCGCACGUGCUCCGUCCUACGACGACCGCAGAAGCGGCCCCGCUCUCGCCGUGACUCUCUUCAACCGUGUGUGCCGACAAGAGGCGGGUCUGCGGGUGGCGCCACCCACUGUCCAUACCUAUGGCAUCCUCAUGGACUGCUGCUGCCGCGCACAUCGACCGGACCUAGGGCUUGCCUUCUUCGGCCGUAUCCUCAGAAUAGGCCUCAAGACAAACCAGAUCAUCGUCAACACCUUCCUAAAGUGCCUUUGCGAUGCAAAACAUACACAAGAGGCUGUCAACAUGCUGAUGCUUCAUAGGAUGUCCGAGCUUGGUUGUGUGCCUGAUGUUAUCUCAUACAACACAGUUCUGAAGAGGUUAUGUGAAGAUAGAAGGAGCCAGCAAGCACUUGACCUGCUCCUCAUGCUGGCAAGAGAAGGAGGUGGCUGUUCCCCCGACGUGGUGUCAUACAGCACGGUCAUCCAUGGCUUCUUUAGGGAGGGUGAUAUAGGCAAAGCAUGCAAUCUCUUCCAUGAAAUGGUGCAGCGAGGAGUUGUGCCCAGUGUGGUGACAUACAGCUCGGUUAUUGAUGCAUUGUGCAAGGCCAGAGCAAUGGACAAGGCAGAGCUAAUCCUUUGGCAGAUGGCUCAUAAUGGUGUUCGGCCGGAUAAUGUGACAUACAACUGCAUGAUCCAUGGAUAUUCCACAGCAGGGCGGUGGAAAGAGGCAGCUAAAAUGUUCAAAGAAAUGACAAGCCUGGGCCUUGUACCAGAUAUUAUUACUUGCAGCUCGUUCAUGGCCUCCCUUUGCAAGCAUGGAAGAAGCAAAGAAGCUGCAGAAAUUUUUGAUUCCAUGACUGCCAAAGGACACAAACCUAAUAUCACCUCGUACUCUAUUUUGCUACAUGGGUAUGGCAGUGAAGGUCUUUUACUUGAUAUGAUUAAUCUAUUCAGUUCAAUGAAAAACAACGGUAUUGUGCCCAACUGCCAUGUUUUCAACAUAUUAAUAGGUGCGUAUGCUAAAUGUGGAAUGAUGGAUCAAGCUAUGCUCAUAUUUGCCGAAAUGCGGGGACAGGGAGUGUGUCCAGAUGUAGUCACCUAUUCAACUUUCAUAGCUGCACUUUGUAGGAUGGGUAGACUGACCGAUGUUAUGGACAAAUUCAGUGAGAUGAUUGCUGUGGGAAUACAACCGAACAAUGUUGUUUAUCAUUCCCUAAUUCAGGGUUGUUGUAUGCAUGGUGAUCUGGUUAAAGCUAAAGAGUUGGUUUCUCAAAUGAUGAACAAAGGUAUCCCUCGUCCUAACAUCGUGUUCUUCAAUUCAGUAAUAAACAGUCUAUGCAAAGAAGGAAGGGUUGUGGAUGCACAAGAUAUAUUUGACUUAGUUAUACACAUUGGUGAGAGGCCAGAUGUCUUUACUUUUAAUUCACUGAUUGACGGGUAUGGCUUAGUCGGCAAGAUGGAUACAGCACUUGGAAUACUUGAUGCCAUGGUCUCAGCAGGUGUUGAGCCUGAUGUUGUUACAUAUAACACACUUGUGAAUUGCUAUUUUAAAAAUGGAAUGGUCGAUGAAGGUUUGGCUAUAUUCACAGAAAUGUUGUCCAAGAGAGUUAAACCUACAACUGUUACAUAUGGCAGCAUACUGGAUGGGUUAUUUCGUGCUGGGAGAACUGAUGAUGCAAAGAAAAGGUUCCAUGAGAUGAUCCAAAGUGGAAUAACUGUCAGCGUUUCCAUAUACAAUAUAAUUCUUGGAGGGCUUUGCAGAAAUAAUUGUGCCAGCGAAGCAAUCACGUUGUUCCAUAAAUUAGGUGAAAUGAAUGUGAAGUUUGAUAUCAAAACAGUCAAUAUAAUGAUUGAUGCAAUGUACAAGGUUCGGAGAAGAGAAGAAGCUAAAAAAUUAUUUGCUGCAAUAUCAAACAGUGGGUUGGUACCUAAUGCUUAUACUUAUAGCAUAGUGAUAAAAAAUCUUCUAAAAGAAGGAUCACUGGAAGAAGCUGGCAAUAUCUUUUCAUCAAUGGAGAGGAUUGGUUGUGCUCCUAGCUCCUGUCUUAUAAAUGAUAUCAUUAGAAUGUUGUUGGAAAAUGGAGAGAUCGCCAAGGCUGGAGAUUAUUUGUCUAAAGUUGAUGGGAAGAGCAUCUCACUUGAAGCUUCAACUACUUCGUUGAUGCUGUCUCUCUUUUCAACGAAUGGGAAAUAUCGGGAGGAUAUGAAAUUGCUCCCUUCAAAGUAUCAAAUCUUUGAUGGACUUGGUUGAGUAUUUGAUAGAUUUGAUAUGAGACUACCUCAUGAGAAAGCACAUGGAUUUUUUUCCUUGCAUAAAGCCCUCCUGCCAGCAUAAAAAAAAAGGACGUACCCAGUGCUGAGAGCUCCCGCACUGUGCGGGGUCUGGGGAAGGUGUUAGUGGCAAGCCUUACCCUCACGAAGUGCAAUGUGAGGAGACCGCGACUCGAACCUGGGACCUCUCGGUCACAGGCGGUGAGGCUCUACCGCUGCACCAGGCCCAAAUUGUCUGCUUGGACUAACACCAAUACACCACCUUGGGUGACAUAGGAGACGGGGUCAAAGCAUUUGCAUGAUGAGAAUAUCUUGCUCUUGUACCCAUGCAGUGUGCAUUACUCUCCAUUUAUAUCUGGUACCUGAAUUCCACGUCGGUGCUGCCAUGCCUGGGUAAGAGUUCCAUGAAUCCAAGUUUUGACCUUUACCUUCACCAUUCGAUCUUCUCCUCGGCUUCUCAAUGUGCCACUUACAAUCAAAUCGCACUCUCACGCGAGGAGACGCUACCAACAGCCUCAUGUCGAUGCGCCACACAUAUGUGUCUCUGCUUCAGGUGCACACAGACACAACUACUCUCAAGCUGAAGCUGUGUUCCACAAUGUUAGGACAUUGGCAUUUUGUGGUGUGCUCUGUUUUCCAUGUCAAGCUUUUGGCCUAAACUUCUGGUCCAUGACUUGGAAGCAUCCGGACUCCGGAGUGCCCCGAGGAUAGUCAAUAUUUUUUAGCGAGUUGUCCCUGCACUUACGGUUGGAGAAGAGCUUACUGCAAGUGGAGCUCACAGUUAUAAAAGAAAUCCCCAGAUAAAGUUCCCUUUUGCUUUGCAAGAUCCAGUGAGUAGAGAUUCGAACCUGACUCACGUGUCUAAACGGAAGAUUUACUGUUGAACGAUGCAAAUUCAGUGAAGACUAUCCAGUUGAAAUCAACAUAAUCGAGAAAUGAGUGUGUUCCCCACAAGAAAUAUCCUUUUUGAACCAGCAGUUGUAUCUUCUCACUUAUACUGACAGCAAAGACUUGUUGGAUGCCAAGUCCUGACAGAGUGACAUUCCCCCCUUCCUUUCAUAGAUAGAUAAAAGGAGGGAGUUCUAAAAGCAAAGAUACAGAAUCAGUCAAGUAAGAGCACAGGCUCCAUGGAGUGGGUGUCGGUAUUUCUGCAAAGUUGCCAACACUUCUAGACCAGUGUUGGUUUAUCAGCAGGAUCUGACGAUCCAUGCAUCCAUCGAGGAGUCACUCUUGAGUCCUGCCUUUCAUGUCUUGUUCAGAAGUUGAUGAUGCAAAAACUACCUGAACCCAAAUGCUCGGGGAGCUAAACAUUUUGCGAAGGAAAAUAAAAUGUGAUGGUGAGGUUAUCAUUGAUGAUUCAGACACCAGCGUUUCAUGUGAGAUUAGCAAGGCCUGUCGCUGGAUCUUGUAUUGCACAGGAACGACAAGACGCAGCUUGCAAGCGGAAAUGUGUUAUGAUCGCUGGAAUCAGCCACCGGGUAUGGUCAUCCGCUCUUCAAUUCAAUCCGACCGCGAGUAGUUAGUUUCCUACAUCGAUUUUCUUUUGAGACAAGUUUCCUGCAUCGAUCACCUAGACAGCCGAUUAGUGGGCCGUGAAGCAAGCCAUCGCGAAUCCGAUCGAUCCGCAUGUUACAGGCUGGAGAUUAUUUGUCUAAAGUUUAUGGGAAGAGCAUCUCACUAGAAGCUUCAGCUACUUCGUUGAUGUUGUCUCUGUUUUCAAGGAAUGGAAAAUAUCGGGAGGAUGUGAAAUUGCUCCCUGCAAAGUAUCGAUUUUUCAAUGUACUUGGUUGAGUGGUUGAUACAGCCAUAUGAGAUCAACUCCAGAGAAAGCUUAAUGGAUUUUGUUUUCGCAUAAAUCCCUUCUGCCAUCAUAAGAAAUCCAAACUGCCUGCUUGUACCGUUGAGUUCGUUUUGCAGUGUGUCAGAAUCACAAGAAAGUGAAAUGUUUAUGAAUCUAUUAAUCUUUGAUGGGUGAGGACAGGUAGAAAAAGUAGUAUAACAUAAGUCACAUGACUGUCUGCAACCUUAGGGAUAAUGGCGUCUCAUUGCCAUUGGGGAAGGUAAGCAGAAUGAAUAUAAUACAAACUUUUCUAUCAGUAACCUGACAUUUUGUAAUCUCUCUAAACCGUCAUUUUUCUUCAUAGUUCGUAUGAUUGUAUUUUUGCAA